UUAAAAUUUGGGGUGGUUUUAACUUUUCAAAAAUAUCUGCUCAAAAAGGCCUCUUCCUCUUCCCAGUUCCUACCCAAACACCCCCUUUCUCUCUUUGCACUCUUGCCAAUGGGAAUUGAAGACCAAAAAUUUCAAACAAGAACCAAAAAUUUCACUUCCUACUUCCACUUGAAACAUGUUUUUCAUUUCGUCUUUUUCAUCAUUGGUUUGUGUAUUGGAAUCACACUAAGUAUAUACUUCAAAAACUUCUCCUUCAUGUUUCAAAAAUCUGUAUUCUCUUACACAUCAAACCCACCAGUAGUGUUUCAAGCAUCAGUUUCAGAAGUACCAUCAGCUAAACAUGGUGUUGUGGAAAAUCUGACGCUGGGUAUGGAAGAUAAGGAGCUUUUGAGGAGAGCUUCAAUGGUGCCAAUGGUUGCAGAGCAUCCAAAUAAAGUUGCUUUCAUGUUCUUGACAAAAGGACCCAUACCUUUGGGCCCGCUUUGGGAAAUCUUCUUCAAAGGUCAUGAAGGUCUUUAUUCCAUUUAUGUUCAUUCUCAUCCUUCUUAUAAUGAUUCUAAUACUCCUCAGAAUUCUGUUUUCCAUGGAAGAAGAAUUCCAAGCAAGGAAGUGGAAUGGGGAAGACCAUCAAUGAUAGAUGCGGAAAGAAGGCUAUUAGCAAACGCACUCCUCGAUUUCUCAAACAAAAGAUUCGUCCUUCUCUCCGAGACCUGCAUUCCUCUCUUCAACUUCACCACCAUCUACUCCUACCUCAUCAAUUCCAACCUAAGCUUCAUCGCCUCCUACGACGAUCCCAGAAAAGUAGGCCGAGGCCGAUACAACCCACAAAUGUCACCGACGAUUUCCAUCUCCGAUUGGCGAAAAGGGUCCCAAUGGUUCGAGCUCAAUCGGAAGCUAGCCAUCGAAAUCGUUUCGGAUUCUAAAUAUUACCCAGUAUUCCAACGGCAUUGUAGUCCUCCAUGUUACAUGGACGAGCACUACAUUCCCACUUUGAUUAACAUUCUUUCGCCUGGUGACAAUUCGAAUAGGACUGUCACUUGGGUCGAUUGGUCCAAGAGUGGUCCUCAUCCUGGUAGAUUUGGAAGGAGUAGUGUUUCGGCUGAGUUUUUGAAUGAGAUAAGGUUUGGUGGUAAUUGCACCUAUAAUAAUAAUAAUAAUAAUAGUGGUGGGGAUUAUUGUAUGUGCUUGUUGUUUGCUAGGAAGUUCAUGCCGGAUACUUUGCAACCUCUCUUGCAGAUUGCUCCAAUUUUGCUGAAUUCUACCGGUAUUUGUGGAUAGCAUUGAGAAUUCUUUCAUUUUAUACGCAUUUAAUACAUCUGUUUACCAAUUUAUAUAAUAUUUGUUUCAA